AUAAUUUAUUGACUAUAAAAAUAAGGCAAAAAUAUGCAUAUGUAAACGGUAUGUACGGGAUAAAUGUAUAGUGUACAAUGUAUUUCUAGAUCGUGUUAAUUAAAGUUUAAACAUUUACAUAAUGUCAAUUUAAAUGAAUACACUAAUUUUGUACUAAUAGGCUUUUUUUAGUGUGAUCGGAUUACGUAUAUUGGCAGCUGUCCUAAUAUCCGAUCAAGAUCAGUUGAAUUGAACAGAUUAACUUCAUUUCUAUUACAUUUUAUACCUUUUUUAUUGUCACUGGACUAUAACAUUACUUAAGACAUUUUUUGUUUAAUUUUCAAAAUAGUGUUGACCGUUUCUAACAGGCAGAAAUCUACUUAUACAGGUACGCGCUAAAAGGUGGGCGUAAUUUGCAAGCUAGAAAAAAAAGGAGGAAGUGUAACAAUUAUUGUGGUUUAUAGUGACUUAAAUAUCUCACUGAUACAAGGAAACAUUAUAUUUCUUGAAAUGAGCGACACUUGACACACUAUGAAGGAGAAACUUUUAUGAAAGGGAUAGAAUAGUGUAACGCGAACUUAGAAAUUUUAUUUUAGAAGUAUUCUGUCAAUGGAAGGUAGUAUGCUGCCAAGUGACACUAAGUUGGUUAUUGCUAUCGAUAUCGGCACGACACAGAGCGGUUACGCCUUCUCUUUCACGUGCAAACCUGAUGAAAUAAACACGUGCAGUUUUGCUGGAAGACCACCCAAUACUAAGACGCCCACCUCUAUACUUUUAAACAAAGCGGGAAAGUUUGUAAGCUAUGGACAGGAAGCAGAAGACAAGUUUUCCCAGUUGUGUGAAGCAGACGAUAUGUCGUACAGAUUAUUCAGAAACUUCAAGAUGGCGCUUCAUCUUAAUCAUACACUUAGUAAAGCGACCAAAGUCCAAGAUAUUUCCGGUCAGCACAGUGCUUCCGUAUACGACCUAUUGGUGAUGUCACUGCUCUACCUCAAAAAUCACGUGAUGCGCACAGUAAACCGAUUUUCCGACACUUACAGCGAGGAUGACGCAUUCUUCGUUCUGCUAGUUCCUGCUAUAUUUGACGACAGGGCAAAAUGGCUGAUGAGGGAGGUGGCAUUAAAGGCAGGCCUUAGGUCAGAGAAGUUCACAAUGGCGUUUGAAUCAGAGACAAGUUCCUUAUGGUGUUUACACGAAAAUAUUAGCGGGAUCAAAAACAAAGGAACACGAUAUAUUACAGUGGACCUUGGAGGAGGGACAGCAGACAUCGUGGCUCAUGAAUCACAGGGUGAUGGCACUGUAGAAGCCUUACACUCCCCGUGCGGUGGAGACUGGGGCGCGAUAAACGUCGACAACUGCUUUAAAUCCUACCUUUCACUUCUUUUUGGUACCCGGUCUAUUGAUGACUUCGUAAAACAAGACCUUCGCGAAUGGUACAAACUUGUCCGGAACUAUGAAGCAUCUAAGUUGGCGGAAAACUCGAAAACAACAGAACUUCGGGUACACAUACCGCUUACUUUGCUGUCGUCUGCUGUUGAAAACAAAGGUCUACAUGGAGCUUAUGAACUUGCAGAGCUGAUUAAGUCACCAAAUUUCGGGGGUCACUUCAAAAUGGUCGGAGAAAGCUUAGAAAUUGAUGAAGAGGCGACUAAAGGAAUGUAUACGUACGUAGUGAACAGCGUCGUAGCAAAACUAGAGCAACUGAUGCAGAUGGGCGUGGUCAGUGACAAGAGCUUUGAUCACGUGAUCAUUGUUGGUGGUCUUGUUAACUGUGGAAUUGUAAAAGAGAUGUUUCAGUCUAGCUUAAAAAGAUAUACAUUGGUAUUUCCGCAAAGUAGUGAAAUGUUUGCAGUGAAAGGCGCAGUCUUGUAUGGAUAUAAUAAGUCCCUCAUUCGAUCACGUGUCAUCCCGCUGACGUAUGGAAUCAAGUCAACAGUGCCAUAUGACGACAAUAAACAUUGUGGAGCAAAAUUUACGACUAUUAACGGUUUAAAAAUGUGCACAGAAAACUUCCAUGUUCUGGUAAAAGCAGGCACAAAACUGAAACCAGGUCACGAGGUCAAAGAACUGGAUAAGCCACUCCGACCUGAAGACAAGGAACAGCGCUUUGAGAUAUACUCUUGCGGCUCUGCAGACGACAUUCCAGCUUUUACAUCCCAUUGCACGAUCCAUAAAGAAGCCUCAUUUUCAGUUCCACUUCCAUACGGAUGCUUGGUAGAUGAUAAAGUUUUUGAGCGUUGUUCCAUUUUUGGUGAGACAGAAAUUUCAUUCAGACUUGGCUUCAAGAAAGGAAAAAGAGACGUUUUUAUAAAGAAUAUGGAAUACAACUAAAUGAAUACAAUUAUCAAGACCAAAGGAAAAAGGUGUUUUUUUUGUUUUGUUUUUUGUGAUUACCUUCCGAGAGUUCCUGUUCCAUAUUACUUAAGAAUGGUGUCAUAAAAAGAAUUGUUUAAAGACAGUUCUAGUGAAAGUCAUAAAAGAAACGAUUAUAGUACCUGUCAUAUCAAACACAAUUAUAGCGUGCGCCAAAAAAUAUUUGAUGACCGUCCUAAUAGACCGUCACAAACAGACAAGUCCAGUAAGACAAUGCUAUAGCCCAUCAUAAAAGAGAAAUUUAAAGUGCUUUCAUAAAAGAAAGAAGAAGAAAAAACAAUUUAGUGCUUAUAGUAAAAGAGAGUGUGCCCUAGAUGAUAGUAUGGAAACUAAACCUUGGCUACAUGACAGAUGUUCACAGUAUGUCAAUGUUGCCAUCUUAUUAUAUUUUAGUAUAUAUAGUGAAAACACUGUUUGCUCGAGCAUUCGGGCUCAAAUGGUCUCAAGCCGCUUACCAUAUAUUUUCUAUGUUUGAACACUUGAAACCUUCGAUUAUUCAAACAGUUUGCUCAACAGCUUUCAUAUUGGUGUUUUUUGUUGUUGUUUUUUUCUCCAAAUAUAGUCAUUUGCAGUUCGGUAACUGACAAACUACUUUAUGUUACAGAGACUUUAAUACAAAAUGUAUACCCUAUAUACAUUUGAAAGUUUUUUUCAAAUUAAAAUAUGUCUUUAAAACUA